AUGGCAGUGGCAGAUCCUGUCGCCGAAGUCAACCCAUUGCUGGAGACGGAGGGGCUUCCCCGGUUUCAGUCCAUCGAUGUAAAGCACGUGGAGCCAGCCAUAGAGGCAAUCCUGAAGUCGUUGCGUCAGGAUUUCAAGAGCCUACAGGAAGAGCUGCCAAAUAAGAAGCCUGCAUAUGAGGGGGUGGUAGAAUUGCUGGAGAAGCUGCACCACCCACUCGAAUACAGCUGGGGUGUAGUGAGUCAUUUGAACGGUGUGAAGAACUCUGAUGCCCUGCGCGAAGUCCACCAAGCGAUGGAGACGGAGGUAGUUAAGGCUGAGAUGGAGCUUGCACAAAGCCGUGUCGUCUUCGAUGCCUUGGGCAGCUUGGAGACGAAUUCUCUUGCCGAGUCCCGACAGCGCAUCGUGGAGUCGUCUCUGCGCGACAUGCGGCUGAGUGGGGUUGACCUCGAGGGGAAGGCAAAGGAAGACUUCAAAGCGAUGAAACUUCGCCUCUCCGAGCUAAGCACAACGUUUCAGAACAAUCUGCUGGAUUCAACGAAGGCUUUCGAACUGAUUCUCACAGAAGCGAAGGAUGUCGCAGGCCUCCCCGCAAGUGCACUCGCGGCAGCGGCACAAUCCUACAAUCAAGCAAAGAGUGUGAAGUCCGAGAAGUCCGAGGCAGCUCCGGAAGGGGGGUACCAUGAAGCACAGAGUGGAAAGUCCGAGAAGACCGAAGCAACUCCGGAGGCGGGGCCUUGGCGGCUCACUCUAGACAUGCCAUCCUACCUUCCGGCCAUGAAGCACCUGAAGUCUUCCGAGCUGCGCGAGAAGCUUUACCGUGCCUUCAUCUCACGCGCUUCGGCCGGCAAGGUGGACAACGGGCCUCUCAUCAAGGAGAUCCUGCAGCUGAGGAAGAAAGAGUCCGCCAUGCUGGGCUUUGCGAACUACGCGUCCGAAUCCCUGGCCUCGAAGAUGGCUCCCAACAUCGAGGCGGUGACGAAGCUGACGGAGGACUUGUUCAAGGUCGCGCGGCCAGCCGCCGAGAAAGAGCUCGAAGAGUUGCAGAACUUCGCCAAGACGAAGGGUUACGAAGGGAAGUUGCAGCUCUGGGAUGUGAACUUCUGGACGGAGCGCUUGAAGGAGGAGAAGUACGCCUACGACGAAGAGGCCCUGAGACCCUACUUUUCGCUCCCCAAAGUGCUGGAAGGCAUGUUUUCGAUAGCCUCGAAGCUCUUCGGGGUAGACAUCACGCAGAACGACGAUGCCGCUGAGCGCUGGCAUCCGGACGUCAUGUUCUUCAAAGUACGGGAUGCCUCCACAGGAGGCCAUAUCGCCUCCUUUUUUCUGGAUCCUUACUCGCGACCUGAGGAGAAACAAGGUGGUGCCUGGAUGGAUGGUUGCUUGGGUCGCUCCAAGGCGGUUGGCACAAAGCCAGUGGCCUACUUGACCUGCAACGGCUCCCCGCCAGUGGGCUCGAAGCCGUCUCUCAUGACCUUCGGAGAAGCCGAGACCCUGUUCCAUGAGUUCGGCCACGGUCUGCAGCACAUGUUGACUCAUGUUGAGGAUGGUGGCUGCGCUGGCAUCAAGAACGUCGAGUGGGAUGCGGUGGAGCUUCCCUCGCAAUUCAUGGAGAACUGGCUGUACCACAAGGCAACUGUGGAGUCGUUUGCGGUGCACUACGAAACAGGGGAAGCGCUUCCUUCAGACAUUUUCGAGAAGAUCAAAGGCAGCCGCAUUUUCAUGGCCGCCUCCAUGAUGCUUCGUCAGCUGCAGCUCGGUGAUUUGGACAUGAAGCUCCACUGUGAGUAUGAUCCGGAUGGGUCGGAGACUUUCUUGGAUGUACAGAGGCGAGUGGCUGCCCGGUACCAGAUCCUUCCGCCCUUAGACGAAGAUCGCUUCUUGUGCUCCUUCGCUCACAUCUUCAGUGGCGGCUAUGCAGCAGGAUACUACUCCUACAAAUGGGCAGAGGUUUUGUCUGCAGAUGCUUUUGCUGCCUUUGAGGAGGCUGGACUUGAUGACGAUGAUGCCCUGCGCUCCGUUGGGCGCCGCUUUCGAGACACAGUGCUAGGCUGUGGUGGCGGGAGGCAUCCCAGCAAGGUUUACCGUGAUUUCCGCGGCAAGGACGCGACCGUCGAUGCUCUGUUACGACACAACGGUCUACUCUGA